CUCGAUUACCACUCACCUUUUCACAUCCGCCCAACAUGCCCCAAAAAUCCACCCCACCCACCGUUAUAUUCUGGCACCGCACCGACCUCCGCCUACACGACAACCCAGCUCUGCAAGCCGCCCUCUCCCUCAACCCAUCGACAUUCAUCCCAAUCUUCACCUGGGACCCGCACUACGCGUAUCGAGUGCGCGUGGGUCCAAACCGAUGGCGCUUCCUGCUAGAAUGCCAGAACGACCUGUCACAAUCCUACCACAAGCUGAACCCGAAGCAGAAGCUGUGGGUAGUACGUGAAGCACCUCAAACAGUAUUCCCCAAAUUGUUCAAAGCAUGGGGUGCGACACAUCUUGUGUUUGAGAGUGAUACAGAUGGGUAUGCGCGGGAGCGCGAUGAGGCAAUCAUAAAGUUAGCGAAGGAGGCAGGGGUAGAGGUUAUAGUGAAGUCUGGACGGACGUUGUUUGAUUCGGACGAGGUGGUGAAACAUAAUAAAGGCGAGCCGACGAUGAGUAUCCAUCAGGUCGAGAAGGCUGUUGAACAGAUAAAUAAUGGGGUGCCGGAUAGGCCGGUUGAUGCGCCGGAGAGUGUACCUGAUCCGUUGGGGGAGGAGAAAAUGAGGGCUAUCAGUGGAGUUGAGCAUGAGGUUCCAGAUCAGGGAGAUGAUAUAAACGCUGCGCAUCGAAGUAAGCACAACGAUAAUCAAUACAAGAGCAUAGCAGGUCCCAAGGGCGACUUCUCCAUCCCCACACUGGACGAACUCUCCAUCGAACCCAGCCAAGCAACAUCUCCCCACCACGGCGGCGAAUCCAUCGCCCUGGAGAUGCUACGCACCUACCUCCAACAAAACGAAGACUUCGUCGCGACAUUCGAAAAGCCCAAGACAUCCCCAGCGGCAUUCCACCCACAAGCGACCACCCUCCUCUCGCCCCAUCUACACUUCGGCUCCCUCUCCGUACGCAAGUUCUGGCACGACGUGCAGUAUACCCUCGAGCAGCGUGAAUCAGCGCACAAACCUACAUCGGACAUUCCCACCAAUCUCCCGGGCCAGCUCCUCUUCCGAGAAAUGUUCUUUGCUGCGCAGGCAGCUCUGGGACCAGUGUAUGCGCAAGCACGCGGGAACAAGAUCGCGCGGUUCAUUCCGUGGCAUUUACAAUCUAAUCACGAUAAGGAGACGGGGUUAGUUGACAGGACGUAUACGAUCGAUGAUGAGCAAGCGGAGGUAUGGUUCCGACGGUGGAAGGAAGGACGGACGGGGUUCCCAUGGAUCGAUGCGUUGAUGAGACAGCUGAAGUACGAGGGGUGGAUUCAUCAUUUGGGACGACAUAGUGUCGCGUGUUUUCUGACGAGGGGGGGAUGUUAUGUGCAUUGGGAGAGGGGAGCGGAGGUGUUUGAGGAGUGGUUGGUUGAUCAUGAAACAGCCUCUAAUGUCGGAAACUGGAUGUGGCUAUCCUGCACGGCGUUCUUUACGCAGUUUUAUAGAUGCUAUUCGCCGGUGGCGUUCGGGAAGAAGUGGGAUUCGGAAGGGCUGUUCGUGAGACACUAUGUUCCGGAGCUAAAACAUUAUGAUAAGAAGUACAUUUAUGAGCCGUGGAAGGCGCCGGUAGAGGACCAGAAGAGGUGGGAGUGUCGGGUGACUGGGGAUGGGAUGGUCGAUAAGGAUGAAGAGACUGGAUUGAGAACGUACCCGGAGCCGAUGUUCGACUUUGAUGAGAGGAGACAGACGUGUAUUGCGCAGAUGAAGGAGGCGUAUGGGGUGCAUAUGAUGGGGGAUGAUCAG